CACCAUAAACUGUGUGCACCUCUAGUGCCUGUGUGACCUAUCAUAGAAACUGAGAUUUUGCCAUAGCAGUGAAGAUGGGAAGGGUUUUUGUGGUUGAGCUUGAUGGAAGGUCUUAUAGAUGCAAGUUUUGUAGAACUCACUUCGCUCUCCCUGGUGAUCUUGUUUCCAGGUCUUUCCAUUGUCGCCAUGGCAAAGCCUACCUCUUCAAUAAUGCAGUUUCAAGCUUCAGGGUGAACAUAACAAUUGGAGCUUUGGAAGAGAGGCUGAUGCUUUCUGGAAUGCACACUGUGGCAGAUAUAUUUUGCUGCUGUUGUGGACAAAUUGUUGGCUGGAAAUACGAGGUAGCACAUGAGAAGACUCAAAAGUACAAAGAAGGAAAGUUUGUUCUUGAGAGGGGGAGGAUUGUCAAUGAAAUUGACUUCUCUUCGGAAGUAUACAUCGAUACUCGUCCCAGUAUGAGUGACGACGAAGAUGCCUGAAGUAGAUCUACUAAGAGCAGAUGUAAUCUUGUACAUAUCCAACAAUAAUGUAAUAAUUGCUAGGGAAACUUGGUAUUGUAAUUUUAUUCCUUUGAAAAAGUACUUCAAUUAUGUUAUAUAAGUUUGAUGUCUUUUGUUUGUUUCUUUAGCUA